AUGGGAGUUGAUGAAGCUUUAAUUAAAAAUGCACAAAAAAUUGUUGAUCGCUUGAUACGACAGUUAGCCGAAAUCGAAAACGAAAAAGAGUCAUUAGACGAUCAAGAGUACAAAACGCUGCGUGAAGAUACUAUCAGUCAAUUACAAGAGUAUGGAACAAUUGUUGAACGGCUUCAGGGCGGUGACGUCUCGUUAAUUGAUGAUCUUACUGCAACCAAAAUUGCUAUUCGAGCGGCGAUCAGUAAAGCGUUCAAAACACCUGAAGUAAUGGCUCUAUUUGCUGGAAAACACACUGGAUUGCUUCGAGAAAAACUCAUGAUGACAGAAUCAAACUAUCGGGGAGAGAAAAUUUCGAAGCAAGAAUAUCUAGAGCGGAAGUUUGAGAUUUUGAUGGCGCUGCGAAGAUUAGAAGAGAAAUUAACAGAUGAUGAGCAAAAAUUUCUCAGAGAUCGACUAGAAACUCCUGAAUUCCAGUUGAUUGAAGCAAAUGCAAAUAGAAUAUUCAGCGGCACCUUGCCCGCUUCUAAUUGA